AUGUUUGUUGGGUACGAAGACGCCGAGAAUACUGAAGUGUAUGAAGAUGAACUUUAUCAUGAGGAGUCAUCAAGUGAGCAGAGUGUUGAUAGUGAGGUGGAAUUUCAUCUCUACAGCCAGAUCCACUAUUCCCAAAAUCUUGGAGAAAUCAGCACACUGGAAAUGGAUGAAGAAGCUGAUGUCGCAGGAGUCACGGGUCAUAGUUCAGUUCUAACUGAGAAAUGGUAUGAAGACAAGAAAAUCUCUGAAUUCGGUAGUCAUGGUACUCAGGUUUCAGAUGACCCUGAGAUCAUCGUCUUGUCUGAUACACCAGAUGAAGACAGUGUUUACAAGAGCAAAGCAAAGAAGUCAACAACCUCAUUAGUUCAAGGUAAAAUACAUAUCCAUCCAGGAUCUUCCACACCAAAUCAUGCCGAAGCUGCUGGAUCUAAUACCCUGUAUCCUGCUGGAUCAGGCACAGACUUUUCAAGGCAAAGGAAGAGCACUAGUGGGAAGCUUAGCUCAGUCAGUUCUGCUGGAGCUGAUGCCAUCCAGGAUGUGUUGGUAAUAGAUGAUAGCUCGGAGGAGGAGAGCUUGAUAUCUGAAAGUGAUAAUGUUGAGAGUUGGAUGCUUUUGGGAGCCGGUGCAGACAACAGAGAUGAAAAUAUAAUGUUGAACCUUGAAGGCUGUGCAACUCCUGUCAGUGAAGGUUAG